UCAGAUGGAUAAUGAUGAUGACGAUAAUAACGAUAAUGAUGAUGGUGACAAUGAAGAUGAUACCAAUAUAGAUAAACUAUGGAAGAGAAAAAUAAAAAAGAAAGUGAGUGAGAGGGAAAAAGAAAGAGAGAGAGAGAGAGAGAGAGAGAGAGAGAGAGAGAGAGAGAGAGAGAGAGCAAAAGAAAGAGACACAGAACAUUUAUAUAUCGUAGUGCUAAAGAAAAGGAGUUAGAAAACGAGUAGCAUUUUUGGUUUUUCUACUGCGCGCUUCAUAGGAAUAACUUAGAGGCGAGAUCCUUCUUUUUCAAAAUGUAGGAUAAACAACCAUACGUUUUGGUUUGCGAGGACUCGCGCUCGAUAAAAGGACGAAGAGCUUGGACGGUUGAUUUUAUCGAGUCUAUUUUUAGUAGUUUUGUUUAACGACUAAACGGAACAAGAAAGCGAAGAUAAUAAAGAAAAGAAACCGCACGAUAGAGAUUAUAUAUACAUAUAUCUAUAAAUAUAUAUAUAUAUACAUAUAUAUAUAUAUGUAUAUAUAUAUUAACUAUCCAUGUUAAGCGACGUAUCACGAUCUUGUAUGUAUGAAUAAUGGAGUAUCGAAAAGAAAAAUCAAAUAAAACGUUAUACGAUGAAUGUCCGUUCAAUCUCUUCUUUCGUUUCAAUUUCGUGCCACUCGAACGUUUUCGUUUUACUGAUCAUUGAUAAAAUCGAGAUCUAUAUUACCGACCUAAAGUUAUCUACUCUUUUUUUUUUUUUUCUUUUUUAGUUCUUUUUUCUCUAGUUUUUUCUUCUAAUAAAAUUUUAUUUCGAUAGAAGGUGCAUCGAUCGUUUCAGACGUACAUGCCAGUUGAGUUAGUUCGCUCGAUUGGUAUGGAUCUAUUUUAACAAUAAGGUUAAAAGUAAUACGAGGUACAAAGGAAAUUAAAAAUGCAGACCUUACUGCUGCUCGUCGUAAUUCUACUUUCCAGUAUUAUAACCGCGACGUUUAUAGAAGACGGUCAACAUUGGCAUAAAAUAGCGCAGGAAGAAUUGAAAAAAUCUCUUUCGUAUAAAUGGAAUACAGGUAAAGCGAAAAAUGUAAUAAUCUUUGUUGGCGAUGGUAUGAGUCCCGAUACGAUAACAGCCAGCAGGAUUUAUCGAGGUGGUGAAACGAGUUAUCUCACCUGGGAAAAAUUUCCGCAUGUUGGUUUAUUGAAGACGUACAAUACAAACAAACAAGUGCCAGAUUCAGCAUCCACGGCAACCGCAUUAUUUGGGGGAGUUAAAACUAAUUACAAAGUUGUUGGAGUCGAUGUUAACGUCAAAUUGGGAGAUUGCAAUGCCAGCUUGAAUAAAAAUUAUCACGUUGAUUCAAUAAUAUCUUUAGCCCAGGCUUCGGGCAAGGCUACAGGAUUUGUAACGACUACAAGAGUGACUCAUGCGACUCCAGCUCCACUAUAUGCUCAUUGUCCUAAUCGACGAUGGGAAUGCGAAGCUAAUAUACCAAAAAAUAUAACUGCUUGCAAGGAUAUUGCGAGACAGCUCAUCGAAAAUGAGCCUGGUAGAAACAUCAAGGUAAUAAUGGGUGGCGGUAGACAGACCUUGAAGUCAAAUGUAAAGCCUGGUAAAUAUGAUCCAAUCGAUACAUGGGCUUGUUACAGUACUGAUGGUAGAGAUUUGAUAAAGGAUUGGGCAGAGGAUAAACGAAUAAGAAAUCUUACGUACGAAGUGGUCGAAAAUAAUGAACAAUUAUCGAGAGUAAAUACGGAUAAAAUUGAUUAUUUGCUUGGUAUAUUUGCCAAUGGUCAUAUUAAGAUGGAUUGGGAGAGAGAGAAAGGACCAGAAGGACAACCAAGUUUAGAGGAAAUGACUGUAACUGCUUUGAAGAUCCUUCAAAAGUCAUCUAAUGGUUAUGUUUUGAUGGUCGAAGGUGGAUUGAUCGAUUACGCUCAUCAUCGUGGACAUGCCGGCGAAGCUUUACGAGAAACCGUUCGUUUUUCGGACGCCAUUAAUGCUACUGUUAACAUGAUUGAUACUGAAGACACUUUGGUCAUAGUAACCAGCGAUCAUACUCAUUCUAUGAGCUUUAAUGGUUACAGCGAUCGUGGUUCAUCGAUUUUAGGUAUUGCACAAAAAUCCAAAUAUGAUGGGAUACCUUACACGACCUUAACUUACAGCACUGGUGGUCCAAAUAAUGCAGCUUACAUGAUAUCAAACACGACUAAUCUUUUAACAAGAAUCGAUCCUUCUACUCAAAACACUACAGCGUUUAAUUAUAGUCAACAAGCUGCUAUCGUGUCCGAUGAAGCUUAUCAUGGAGGAGGAGAUGUAGCUAUUUAUGCUAUAGGUCCAUCGGCCCAUCUUUUCCAUAGUGUUCAUGAGCAAAAUUUUGUUGCCCACGUGAUAAUAUAUGCUGCUGAUCUUGGAAAUUAUACAAGUGGUAGUGAACAAAAUGCAAUAUCUAAUACUUUUUUCUAUUUCUGUCUACUUCUACUUAUUUUUACAUUGUUUACUACUACUAUCUUCGCGGUACAUAGAUAACAAAGAAAAAAAAAACAAAAAAGUAGACGCGAUGAAAGGUAAAUCCCGCAGUAUUUUCUAUGAAUUCAUUUACUUUCUUUUUCUUUACCUUUUCUUUUUUCUUACUUUCUUUCUUUUAUUUAAUUUUAUUUUUACUUUUUAUUUUAUUUUUUAUUUUAUUUUAUUUUUUUUUUUAUUUUCAACUUAUCAACGAAAACUGCGAUAUCCGAAAAUGGUAUGUUUAAAAAGAAAUUUAUUAUAUACGCCUUUAUGUCU